AUGCCCACGAGGUGGUUAUCCAUUCGCCAUAGACAUCCUCUUCUUCAACACGAUUCCGAUUCUCAACCCACAGCGAAACAAUCAGAUUUUGAUUUCGCUUUUACCGAGUCUCCUUCCACCAUUCACAGUACUUCCAACAUCCCUGGCGGGAUUCUAUCUGCUGGACCGGCCGAAAUACGUCCCACGACCUCUGGAGGUCCAACUGGAAUCAGAAAACUACGCCUUGACGUAUCUUUGGUUCGACCACGAACUUCCGAGAAUCAUAAACCUUCACCAUUACAACACCCCAAUGCCAUCUCCAAAUCCGACGACAGUCUAAUUGGUCUGGCCUUUGGCAGUCCAAGCCACCCUCCGGCCGGAUUUUGUGUCCCCGAACCUCACAGUCCUGUUGAGCAUAAUCCUUCCCCUCGACAUUGUUCGCCUUGUCCAGAUCGGUCCGUUCAAAUGCAGUCAAAACGAUGGAGAAAGUUUGGAACGUUGUUUAAAUCACGUCAAGCCGCCGUUCGACGAGAUGAAGUUCCUCCUGGUCCCACUAUUGGCCUUCCGACGGGCCUGGUGAUUCUGGACAAGAGCCCAACCAGUCAAGCACACAAACUGGAAGAGUACAAAUUACGGCCCAUCCAACCUCAUCAUGGUCCUCCGCCGCCGCCGACCGAAAGAAUGGAACGACCUCCGAACGUUUCAGAAAAAAGCCAGAAAUCUGCCGAAGAUUUAAUGUCAAGACCUUCCACUGCUACCGAUGCCAGCUUCUUAAGCGAAUCUGAUACGAGACCACCGUUACCAAAACUCGAGAUAGACAUACCCACUCCGCCUCUUGAUCGUUACAGCGUAAUGUUUCGCAAUCUACCCGCCGCCACCCGCUCUUCAUCCCUCCUCGCAAGACGAAGCAAGACCUUGGAUAGUCUGAAAUCCUGUGAAGAUAGUCGACCAACCACAAAAGGCGAAGACGAGAAUUCUAAUGCGACGGCCGUACCUCUGACCCCUCUGAUGCCACCUAGACGCUUGACGACGCCCACUACCACCAGAUCACCAGCGGUGAGCAAGUAUUCGUUGUUCCCAGCCACAUCUCCUGCUCCUGUGAAAAUCGUCGGUCAAAUUCCAUUUUCAGAGAAUGAAAGUCACGCUCCGAGCCAGUUGAAACGAUCAGCUACCUCACCAGCACGUAUGUCACCGAUGCAAGACCACUUCUCUGUAUCGGUGGCCAAGCCCGAGCCUCUGAAUCCGAAGAGAAUGAUAUCCGAUGAACAACAAAUGGUACAGAGUCCAGAUGACAAUACCGCUUCAACGGACCGGGAGGCUCCAUGGAGUUCUGCUCACUCGUUUCAGUCAUCGGUCUCAUCUGCCACCACGGUGGACGAGAUCUUCUUUGAUAUCAAAUCAUUCCGAGACUCCAAGGGUGUUGAGGAUGGUCAAUUUGUUAUGACUAGACCAGAUUCGGCGGCGGUUGAAUUGGCUCGAACCAGAUCAAAGAAGGCCGCCGCUGCAAGUCGAUUGAGACGAGUGGAAGUCCCCCAACCAGAUGGGCCUGCUGAAGCAAUCACAGCACUACCGGUGCCAGCUCCGACGACCACUGACGCUGUCUCCGCGGCUACCACGAAGCAUACUUCUGUUAAUACAGCGUAUUUCGACGAGGCCAUUGCUGCGGUGGAACGACUCACGUCACCCACUUCUACAACUGAAAAGGUCCCGACGUUGAAUUUCAAAACCGGUCCUGUUACAGUGGCCGGUCAUAAUGGAGAGAAGCCACAGCAAUCAAACGCCAGUGCAAAGGGUCAACAUGCAGAAGUUACAGAUCAUCAUGGUCCUCGAUUAACAAGCAGAUCCCGCGAAGAGGUCGGCCGGCUGAUUCCUUCCCCCGUCGCCGAGGUGAAAGAAGAUAACUCUUCGAAAUCCCCUUCACCGCAACCGCCUCAACAAGCACGACAAGCACCAGAAGCACAAGUUGUGAAAAUCGUUUCUCCUCGUUUGGCCACCGUCAAGCGCUUCGAUCGACCAUGUGACGACUCACCCACAAUUCCCCAAGGCCCUCCGAUAAGAGCUCCAGCACCAAGUAAUCCGAACCCGAUCUCCAAUCCGAAAUCCAACCCAAUCCCGACACCUCAAUCUCUCUCGGACGACAAGCCUCCUCCUGUCCCGGCCAAGGACGCCAAAUUCAUCCCAUUGUCGAAAUACGCUGCCAAAAGCACCGUGACUGCAAUUGAACGAGCGGGUGUGACGCCAACAAGACCUGUCCGAUCUCACACCGACAAUCUUGGGGCAUCUACAACUACGUCCGUUCGCCCCACGAAAGAACGAUCCGCCACCUUCCCGUCAUCUUUACAGCCGCAGCAACAGCAGGAGAAAUCUUCGCUCCGUGGCCUAGAGAAAACCAUCCCACCACGCCCCAACCCUGUCGCCUCAAACCCCGUAACUGGAACCGCCGAAGUUGCCAUCGCCCGCACCGUCUCCUUGUCCCGCAAACAAAGCUCCCGUGUUAUCGUGCCUGGACCAAAACUCACUGCCCGCCGUGCCGCCGAAUCUUCAACCUCUGCCCAGAAUCCACUUCAAUCUUCUACUCAGCAACAACAGCAAGAACAGCAACAACGACAGCAGCAGCAGCAGCAGCAGCAGCAACAAAAAUCGAUCCUUGGCCACCGCCACCGCCGCAGCACAUCCAAAUCGCAAUCAAAAGAUAAAAUAAAAAUCACUAAGCGCGAGCCUUCGGCGGAGAAAAAUAAGUGGACCAAGGAGACGGAGAAGCAGAUGCUGAAGGAGGCCAGGAAAUGGGAGAUACUAGAGAAGAAGGCGUAUUCGCCUGUCGUGGUGCAGGCGGAGAAAGGGCAUCGACCCGGGCUGAGUGUGGGCUUGGUUGUGGAGAGUGUAUGA